GCAUGCCCCGCCGCAAACAUGAGCAGCACAUGGGUGGGCACAGCUCCAGCACCGGUCGACACGGAAAUGGGGACCGUUACCGCGCAGCCAGACUGUGGGGUUGAGGUGACCUAGAUACCCGUAUACACUCUGAACGCGGUGGGGGCGGACGCACUGCCGCCGACUGUGGGCACCAAGCCGGUGAGGGUGAGGUGUCCGGCCUGCAAGGGCGAGGUCACCACCAGUCUGGUCACGGCCCCCACCUACAAGACCCACCUGUGCGGCCUGACCCUGUACAUCUGCUGCUGCUGGCCUUUCAUCUGCCUCCCCUACUUCAUCAACUACUGCAAGAGUGUGCAGCACUACUGUCCCAACUGUGGAUGCCACAUAGGGAGCUACAGCAUUUGAUCAAGAGCUGCCCCUCCGCACUGCCAGCCAUCCUUUCCAGGUCAAUACCUAAUCUACUUUAGCCAUAUAUAGAAACAAUAAAUAAUUACAACAUUUUAA